AUGGCCAACCUGCUGCUCUGUGCAGCCGCACUGCUGGCCGCCGUCGCGCAGGACAUCGAGAUCAUCGGCGACGGCAUGGGGCCGCAGCAUCGGAGGCCGUCGCGGCACUAUCGGCUGCCCCGCUCGGGCGUCGUCACGAUCGCGCAGCUCCCGGAGAGCGACAGCGUCGGCGCGUCGCAGUGGGACGCGGGCUAUUGUUUGGCGGAGUACAUCGAAGGGAGCAGCGUCGACGCCGUGCGCUGCGACGCGGCGCGCUGCGACGUGUCGUCGCGCUACGCCAACGCGACGGCGAUCGCGCUCGGCGCCGGCGCCGGCGGCCUCGACGUCAUCGCGCUGCUCAACAGCGGCGCGACGGUGCUGGCGACGGACGGCGACGCGUCCGUGCUCGACCAGCUCGCGUCAAACGUGCGCGCGAACCAAAAGGCGGGGGCGUUCCUGGGCGCGACGCGGCUGCGCUGGGCCGACGGCGGCGACGCGGACCGCGCCGCGGCGGCGCUCGCGGGGGCGUUGGACUUGAUCGUCGCGGCGGACGUGAGCUUCCACACCGCCGAUACCCGCGCCCUCGUCGACGCGCUGGACGCGCUGUCGCGGCUGCCCGGGAGGACGCCGGAGAUCCUCCUCGCGCACACGUUCCGCUUCCGCCGCGACGACGCGCGCUUCCUCGCCGCGCUCGACGACCGCUUCGCACGCACGGAGCUCCCCAAGGGGCCCGCGUGCAGCGACGACGCGGCCCUCUUCCGGCUCGCGCCGAGAUGUAAGUGA